AUGACACCAAAGACAAGAAAAAACCUGGAACAUCAAGCGAUUCCUAAAAUCACGACCCAGUUUCACUCCCUUCUCGAUGUCGGAUGGUACGGAAGCGCCUACCAGCUCGCAAAGAUUUGGCUGACAAUUUUCACAGCACUUAUGGGAGUUUUGAUUGCAAUUGGACAACUGGGCAUUGCUUUCGGACCCCUCAUAGGCGGUGCCUUCACUCAGUGUUUCUAUGUCAAUCUGCCAAUUGGUGCUGUUGUCGGCGCACUGCUUGUGUUCAUCUACAUCCCUGAAAGGGGUACAAAGCCAGCCUUGCGUACCGUGCUUAGCACAGCCAUCGAAUCUCUCGACCUCGUCGGUUUCACGAUAUUCGCCCCUGCCUCGAUUAUGUUCUUGCUGGCUCUUCAAUACGGCGGUAAUGAAUACGCAUGGAACAGUGCUACGGUGAUCGGGCUCUUAUGUGGCGCUGCCGCCACCUUCGUCAUUUUCUUGUCCUGGGAAUACCGUAAAGGAGAUGAUGCCAUGAUUCCGUUCUCAAUGAUCUCUCAAAAGAUCCUGUGGUCUGCUUCUGUAACGAUGUUCUUCUUCUUGGGUGCCCUGUUCUGUUCGAAUUACUACCUUCCUAUAUAUUUUCAGGCCGUCAAAAAUGCCAGCCCAACAAUGAGCGGUGUGGACAUUCUACCCACGAUUUUGUCUCAAGUACUGCUAGCUAUGGUCUCAGGAGUGAUGGUUCAAACACUGGGUUAUUAUCUUCCUUGGGUUCUAGCGGGCAGCGCUCUGACAACAAUUGCAUAUGGUCUCCUAUCACUUCUAACACCAUCAACACCAACUGCGAAGUGGGUGGGAUAUCAGAUCCUGUUCGGUCUUGGAUGUGGAAGUGGAGUAACCAUCUCUUUCAUAGCCGUGCAGAACCUGGUUGCCCCUGAGAAAAUUCCCAUUGCUAUGGGAGUUCUCGUCUUCUGUCAGAACUUUGGCGGCGCCCUCUGGCUCGAAGUCGCCCAGACAGUCUUCACCAAUAGCCUGACCAGCUCUAUUAAGAAACAUGCAGCGGGAGUGAAUCCCGAUGCGGUGGUGCAAGCCGGCGCGAGGGGCAUCAGGAGCGUCGUCACAAGUGACCAGCUUCCUGCUGUUCUGAAGGCCUAUACUGACGGCGUCGUUAAUGUUAUGUACCUGGGCAUUGGGCUAUCUGCUGGUGCCUUUUGCUUUGCAUGGGGUUUGGGCUGGAAGGAUAUUAGGAAGGCCAAGGCUGCAAAGCCAUCAGAGUGA